CGGCCGGUUCGGCUGUGGCCUGUGGACGCCACAGCAAGCCAUAAAAAAAAUCCCAUUACCGCGAAAGAAAAAGCUGGGCCAGUUAUCGCAACUGUCGCAGUAAUUACUCGACAAUUCCGAGAAUUCAAUUAACUUUUUGCUGCUCCGAUGGCCGCUCUUCUUCCUUAUUCAUCAUGCUUCCCUCGGAUAGGAUCGGCCUCUUCGCCGCCUCCUUAUCCUAUCGGUUUCUUCUACGGAGUCUCCGAUUGGUCAAAAUUCGGCGGUUACGUCUCCGGUGGAGCUGCGUUGGAGAAGAAGAAGGCACCGAUCGGAAGUCAGAGCGUCGCUAGGGUUCCUCCUGUUUGUAGAGCGGCGGCUCCUUCCUCCUCCAACGUGUUUCGCGACCUCGACGCCGACGAUUUCAGGCAUCCUCUCGAUAAACAGGUGAUGACUGAUGACUGUAAUCAAACCUCUGAUUCAAUGAGCUUCUGGUUUUCAAUUACGGAGUUCUGUAGGAUUUUGCUUGUUGUUUUGUUUGCAGAACACGUUGUUGUUGAGAGCGAUUCCAGGAUUGAAUGAAAUCGGCAAGGCCUUAUUAGGAAGCUUAUCCGAGCAAAUUAUGCUUCUCGAGAAUAUUGGAACUUCAGUUCUCGUCUCAGAAAACCAGCUUCCAGAACUUUAUCUGCUGAUGACGGAGGCUGCAUCGAUACUAAACAUCAAGUCUCCUCCUGAUCUUUAUGUCCGGCAGAGCCCCGUACCAAACGCCUAUACUCUAGCUAUAAGUGGGAAAAGGCCAUUUGUUGUUGUGCACACUAGCCUAGUGGAGCUCCUAACAAGAAAAGAGUUGCAGGCUGUUUUGGCUCAUGAGUUGGGACAUCUGAAGUGCGACCAUGGCGUGUGGCUCACAUUCGCAAAUAUCCUCAUGCUUGGAGCUUAUACUGUACCUGGAAUUGGUGGCAUGAUAGCUCAAAGCUUAGAAGAACAGUUGUUCCGUUGGAUUCGUUCAGCUGAGCUGACAUGUGAUCGUGCAGCGCUUCUUGUUGCUCAAGACCCCAAGGUUGUCAUCUCACUGCUGAUGAAACUAUGCGGGGGAAGCCCAUCGCUCGCUGAUCAACUCAAUGUUGACGCCUUUUUGGAACAAGCUCGAUCUUAUGACCGAGCAUCAUCCAGCCCAAUGGGAUGGUACAUAAGAAAUGCCCAGACGAGGCAACUAUCACAUCCACUGCCUGUUUUACGUGCUCGCGAGAUCGAUGAAUGGUCAAGAAGCCAGGAGUAUAAAAAGCUUCUGAAUCGUGCGAAUGGGGCGAACAUUGUAAAGAAAGUAUAGCUUAGACACGAAGAGCACUGGAUCCCAAAUUAACAUGUACAGGUCUCCGCUCACUAUACUGUAGCAGUUGCAUGAGAGGGGCGAAGGAUUAAGAUGAGAGUGAGAGUACUGCUAUUGUAGGACAGUAUACACAAUUGUAUAGCAUAAAGAAUAAUAUAGUUUCUGUUGAUUUAUAUAUAUAGCUUCUGGAGUUCUGGUCAUUAUACGAGUGUAUAUCCAAAACAAUUCAUAGAUAUUUAUAAUAAA